AUGGGGAACGAGGCAUGGCGGCUCCGUCACGGGCACCGCUCCUUCUCGUCGUCCCUCCUCGACGCCAUCGAGCGCUCCAUGGACGACCCCAUCGCUCCCAAGAACGAGGAAAUGGCGAAUCGCCUCGCUCACGGAGCAUCCGACUUCCUGGUUCCCCUCGCCUCCAUGGAGCGGAGGCCCACGGCGACCGUGACCCGACCCCGGCGUCCAGACUUCCCCCCGUUCUCCACUUCCAGCUCCUCCUGCAACUCCACUUCGAGCGGCUUCUUCUCCUCCUCCUCCGAGCGCGAGUCCCCCGCCGCCCUCCCGCUCAGACUCCGACCGAGCCGGUCGCCGCCACCCGACCAGCACCGCCAGCAGGACAAGGAGAGAUCGGGCUCGACUCGGACAAAGCUACGAGGUCUGAAGAAAUAUAAGGCGCCAGGGUCGCCGGGGGCCCUCCUCGCGGGGUUCCUCAACUCACUCUGCACCGCGGCGGCGGGGGACCGGGCGAAACCGAAGCCAUCACCCUCCGGCGCGGACUCCGCCUGCUCGGCCGUCUCGUCGCGGGCGCGACCUUGCCUUAGCAAGGCGCCAUCGACGAGGGAUCCAGCGGAGGGCGGGAACAGGUCAGUGAGGUUCCGCGCCGAUGGGGAGGAUCCGCGGCGAUGCGGGCAGAGGAAGAAAAGCUCGUGCGGCGGGGAUCACGCGGUGGUGGAGGCGAGAGGGGUGAAGAUGAGGGUGGAAGAGCUCUUGCGAACGUUGGCGGAGGAGGGAGAAGAGGAGCAGGACGAUCUGUUUGAGUUGGAAAACUUGAUGGUGAUGGAAGGGGGUAGUUACAGGGACGAGCUUCCGGUGUACGGCACGACCCGUCCCGAGAAGAAUCGCUCGAGGUCUAACUGA